UUGUUGUACAUGUGCAAUACGUACCCGGACAAGUUUUGCAUAGAUGACACCUGUCUCGACAAUAAAAGAUAAAGAUCUUCGAAGUUUUAAUACUGCCUAACUGUUAGCGACCAAAUUUAUUUGCCUAAAACUAGUCAGUUCAGCUACUUUGCAGCUGCAUUCUUUAAUCCCUAAAUUCACCGUUGUGAUUGCAAGGUUAAUUCGGCUGCUCGAGUUUAAUUCCACACAGUCAGUGUGCGAUGCAGACCGACACAGCCGCCCUGCCAGCGGUGCGGAUCCCGGUGGACAAGCCCGUCCGCCUGGUGGGCAUCAGCCACAGUAACAACAGUGGUAGUCUGAUCGACCAUGCGUCUGCCGCCGAGACUAUACAUGAAGCAAUGGAAAUGGUCAGCCAAAAUGUCGCUGGGAUCUUGGCUGAUACACAGUAUUACAAGACGAGCAACUUGAGAGAGGAGUUGAUUGCCCUGCGUCGAGAUGUUCAGGAGUUGGCCAGAGACAGAGCCUAUGAAGAAACCAGAGACAAUUACCAUCAUCACUUCUGGAGAGCAGACCACGAAUCAGAAAAUAAAUAUUUGAUCACCAAACUCUCUGAGAUUGCAUAUGCCCUGGUUGACUUUAAGGGAGACUGCUGCAAUACAAGUCGUGGUCGACGGGCUCUGGAUGAGGCUCAUCUGGAAACAAUGUGCACAAAGCACCUGUAUGAAUUCCAAAAUUUCAGAAGGCAAAUAGCUCCCUAUGUUAACACCAGCAUAGACCGCACCAAGACCAUCCCUCGCCUGGCUGCCCCAAUCACCACAGGUUUGGAGUGGCAAGAGUUCAUGUCUCCAUUGGACAACCCAGACCGACGCAGGCUGUUGCCCAAUGAGUGCACUGUGACCAGACGAGAGACCAUUCACCCACGCACUGAGCCACCCAAUGUCAGGGGGCAUUUGUCUGGGGUUCAUAUCAUUCCCAGCCAGUAUGAUGUGCCAGACUAUUCUGGCAGGCCUGGUGCCAUGAAUUCAGGCACCGAUGCAACUCUGUCCAAGAUGGGCCGCUACGGAGGAAGACAGAUGUAUGAACAAUCCAUCAAUGCAAGGACAAGACCCUUGCAAGUGGAGGUGCAAGCUGUAUCCAGCAGAUACAAGCACAUGGACGGCUUCUGUGAAUAGAGAAAAACCUCCUACUCAAAAUAGGGCUGGGUCUGAUCUGGCUUAAGAGGGAAAGCCACAUGGCGUAACCCUCUCAGCAGUGAUGUAGUUGAGUCCAUCACAACUCCAGUCACAAGAACAAGUCCAUUCACAAGUCCAUCACAAGUCCGGUCACAAGUCCGGUCACAAGUUCGGUCACAAGUAAAUUUCAAGUCCAUUUGCAAGUCCAGUCACAAGUAGAAACAGUGGAUGGACAAUAACAAAGGAAUGCCUUUGUCAAAGUUAAUUAGCUUUUGUGUUGCCUGGGGACUGGAGGACUUGUGAUGGACUUGUGAUGGACUUGUGAUGGACUUGUGAUAGACUCUACUACAAGUUCACAGCCUUUCCGUCCCAUAGCCAGCGUUCCAGAUUAUGCUUAAAGAAAUAUAGGCUCAGUUGCAUUGCAUGCAUUUUGUUCCUCUCCAAUAAUAACACCACUCAAAAUCCAAAGAAGAACGUUCUAAACCUAACCUGUGAAGUUUCAGCGCAGUGGAUAUUACACUUUUGAGAAAAAAAGUGACAACCAUGCACAAGCUUUUGAUCACAAAAUACGAUUUUGUCCAUACUCUCUGUAUUUCCAAAAAAAUCUGUCAAUUGACUGAUCAUUGGAAAUCACUCACAUUCUUGAUUUCUUCUAAAUGGUAGCAAGCCAGAUGGAAUAAUUCCACGGGGGUGUUAAGUAUGACCUUUACUCGCAAGUAAGCUUUAUGAUAAUUAUUUGAUAGGUUACUUUUGAGAUAAAUGGCCCUAUGUGCCUUGACUGCCUGUAGAUCCUACCCUGCGGAUAUCCCCAGGCUAUAUGGAUGUGUACUAGUUCAUGUCUGUGGUACUGAAUGGGUGAAAUCGGAUUAGGUUGACGAAGAUGGGACAAUUUGCACUGGAAAACAAUGGGUCUGAAAAGAUAAAUUGAAUAUUCCACAUGAAUAUUUGCAUUGUAUUGUUUUUGAAUUGUUUUGUGAAAAGUUUAGUAAAACAAAUAAAAACUGCUCUACUUCAAAAUUGCAUUACAUGUAUAUAAUUAUACUAAAAAUGUAUUUUAAGAGCCCCACUGUUUAAAAAUAUCUUCUUUUUUACUAGAUUGUCCAUUUGUAUAGCCUGAAAUAGAAUAUUGGGGUUAUUUUACAUUCAAAUGAUUUUAUCAACACAAUGUGAUUUGUUUUUAAAAUUCCAGUUCAUUUACACAUAAUUACACAUGUUCUUCACUUUUAAUAUGACUUUAAUUUAAAAUCUAACAUUUCUAUAACUUGUACAUUGUAUUUGAAUUGUAUUAUGCAUUCAUCUGUUAUAAUAGUACAAAUCGUGUUUGGAAAUACAUUGCACAUAAGUGAUAAGAAUGCAACACUGGAUGACAACAUAAAUUUGUAAAUGAAGAGUGAUUCAAUAAAACAUCUAAAGUUAU